CUUGUGGAAUUGCGGCUGGCUUAGUGUAGUAUAUUCGUAAUUGUUAUUUUGUUACUCAUUUAUAUUUACAGUUACUAGCGAUUGAUGAAUGUUGGGAGAAUAAAAACCUAUAAACUAAGAAGUAUCUAUCUAUUUUCAACAUGAAUUUCAAUUUCGGGACACCAAAAACCACAACUCCUUCAAUGUUUUCAAUGACUACUCCUGCCAAUACAUCGUGGGGUUCAACUCAGCCUUCAGCUGGUUUCUCCUUAGGGAGUAAUACCCAGCCAGCCUCUACUGGUUUCUCAUUGGGUGGCACCACACAACCAUCAACUGGUUUUUCAUUAGGUGGUACCACACAAGCAUCAACUGGUUUCUCAUUGGGUGCUUCAAACCAACCAUCGACUGGUUUCUCGUUGGGCACAACUCCAGCAUCUACUGGAUUCUCAUUAGGUACAACUUCUGCACCUAAUGCUUUCUCAUUGGGCACAACUCAAACAUCAACAGCAUUUUCUUUGGGUGCAACUCCAACAGUUUCAACUGGUUUCUCGUUAGCUGGUACAACUCAACCAUCUACUGGUUUCUCGUUGAGCACAACUCAAGUACCUGCUGCUUUACCAUUAACUACAACUCAAGCAUCUACCGGUUUCUCAUUGGGAACAACUCCAGCAUCAACAGGUUUCUCUUUAGGUUCAACUCCAGCAGUUUCUACUGGUUUCUCGUUAGCUGGUACCACUCAAGCAUCUACUGGUUUCUCAUUAGCUACAACUCAAGCAUCAACUGGUUUCUCGUUGGCCACAACUCAAACACCUACUGGUUUCUCAUUAGCCACAACAAAAGCAUCAACAGGUUUCUCUUUGGGUACAACUCCAGCAGUUUCUACUAGUUUCUCAUUAGGCACAACAAGCACUACUGGAUUUUCAUUGAACUCUUCUGCAACAACCACAGCCCAAGCUACUACAAUACAAACGACUGCAGCAAUUACUACACAAGCUCCACCUGCUACCUCACAAUCAGAUACCCAGUCCAGUGCAGUUCAACCGACUAAUUUCCAACAGCUUAUUGAUUUAAUUAACAACUGGACUGUCAGUUUAGAAAAUCAAGAAAAACAAUUUCUUAAUCAAGCAAAUGAAAUAACUGUUUGGGAUAAUAUGUUAACAAAUCAAUCUACUAAAUUGGUAAAAUUGUAUGAUAUUCUGGAGCAAAAAGAAAAAGAACAAGUAGAUAUUGAAAAUGAACUUGACUUCUUGUUAUCCCAGCAAAAAGAACUUGAAGAUUGUUUAGUUCCACUAGAACAAGAAUUACAAUCUGCUGAAGUAUUAAGUAGUUUGAACAAUGAAAGAGAACCAAUAUAUAAAGCUGCUCAAGAAAUUGAUAACCAAGUAAAACAAAUGUCAGGAGAUAUUAAGGAAAUAGUAAAUAAUUUAAAUAAAGCCAACUCGAAAAAAGAUUCGGAUGAUGAUUUGGAUACUAUAUGUCGAAUAUUGAACUGUCAUAUGACAGCAUUACAGUACAUAGAGCAUAAUGCAGAAAAUUUAAGUGCCAUGGUUUCUGAAGUAAAUGAAGAACAUUCCCGUUUCUUAACAGCUGCUAAUGAUAACACUUUUAUGUCCUCAUUUAGGAAAUAAAUAGUAUUACAAAAUUAAUAUUUACACAUUAUAUUAAAAUAUUGAAAUUGAUACUUUUUGAUAUUUUAAAUGGAUACUUAC